AUGCGUGCUACACGCCGCCGCCUUUGCUUCGGUGUCCUAAAUUUGGCUGUGUUCAACUAUGACUUUGACAGCCUGACCCACGACGACCCCGUCAUCCAGGCGGUGUACACCGCCCUGCGUGAGGCCGAGUACCGCUCCACCGCCCCCAUCGCGUACUGGAACCUGCCCCCCGCGCGGUGGCUGGUGCCGCGGCAGAGGCGCGUGCAGGAGGCGCUCAAGAUCGUGAACGCCACCCUGGACUCCCUCAUAGCCAAGGCCAAGGCCCUGGUGGAUGAGGAAGACAAGGACUGGGAGGAGGAGUUCAUGAGCGAGCGGGACCCCUCCAUCCUGCACUUCCUGGUGGCCAGUGGCGAUGACAUCACCUCCAAGCAGCUGCGCGACGACCUCAUGACCCUGCUCAUCGCGGGCCACGAGACGACCGCGGCCGUGCUGACCUGGACGCUGCACCUCCUGGCUGACCGCCCCGACGUGGUCGACCGCAUCCGCCAGGAGGUGGGGGGCCACGCACAAAAAGAUUGA